AUGGCGCCUUCAGCAACCGAGACCGUGACCAACCUGGCCGUAGACGCCUCCAAGUUGAAGCUCUACGCCGGCGGCGUCGAGAGCGCCUACAAGGAACUGGCGCCCGUCGCCUACUCCAAGGAUCUGGAGGAGGUGGGCACUGACGAGUACGCCGCGGCCAAGUAUCCCAACUACCUCCCUACCUGGAACAAGGACCAGACCUACCCUCCGCUGCAGCCCUUUGAGCACCACGACCGCGGCAAGAAUGCCGACCCAGCUUUCCCCAACAUCCUCACCAAGGACGCCAAGGUCUCGCACCUAACACCCACUAUCGGCACCGAGAUCGAGGGCGUGCAGCUCAGCCAGCUCAGCGACGCCGGCAAGGACGAGCUCGCGCUGUACGUGGCCCAGCGCAAGGUCGUGGCCUUCCGCAACCAGGACUUUGCCGACCUGCCCAUCUCCGAGGCCCUCGCGUUCGGCGGCUACUUCGGCCGCCACCACAUCCACCCGACCUCCGGCUCGCCGGCCGGCCACCCGGAGAUCCACCUGGUGCACCGCGGCGCCGGCGACAAGUCCCACGAGACCUUCUUCCAGAACCGCGUGAGCUCCGUGGCCUGGCACUCCGACGUCACCUACGAGCAGCAGCCGCCCGGCACCACCUUCUUGUAUAUCCUCGACAACCCCGAGACGGGCGGCGACACGCUCUUCGCCAACACCGCAGAAGCCUACAACCGUCUAUCUCCCUCGUUCCAGAGGAUCCUGCAUGGUCUCAAGGCCACCCACUCGGGCAUUGAGCAGAUCAACGCCAGCGUCAAGAAGGGCAGUGUCAAGCGUCGAGAGCCCACCGUCACCGAGCAUCCCAUCGUGCGAACACACCCCGUCACCGGCGAGAAGUCUCUCUUCAUCAACCCUCAAUUCACCCGCAGCAUUGUCGGUCUCAAAAAGGAAGAGUCUGACACCAUCCUCAACUUUCUCUACGAGCACAUCGCUUGGGGCGCAGACUUCCACGCUCGCGUCAAGUGGCAGGAGGGAACUGUCGUUGUCUGGGAUAACCGAGUUGUCCAGCACACUGCCAUUGUGGACUGGAAGUCGGGCCAGCGAAGGCAUCUUGCCCGCAUUACGCCGCAAGCAGAGCGCCCUUAUGAGACUCCUUUUGAGGGUUAG